CAGUAAUCAAAGAUGGCGGCGCCCGGAGUGUUGAUGUCGACGGCGUGAAGGUACAGACCAAGUGGCAGAUUUGCUCACUCUCUGUGGUUGGAUUCUGUGUUUACAUCAAGGGCAGAUGUAGAGGCGUUUCCUUCCAGACGCACACAUAAAAAACCAGGAUGUCGAAGAUCUCCAAGGCGGCCAAGACGGUCAAAAAGAUGGAUUUGGGCAACGUAAUCCGAACCAUCGUGAGGUCAGGACAGGCAGCUCCCGGACCCCCUUUAGGCCCAAUCCUGGGACAGAGGGGGAUCCCGAUUGGACAGUUCUGCAAAGACUUCAAUGAGAAAACCAAGGACUUGAAGGAAGGCAUUCCCCUUCCAAUCAAGAUCCACGUGAAGCCUGACAGAACUUACGAUCUGAAGAUUGGCCUGCCCACGAUGUCUUAUUUCCUGAAGCAAGCAGCAGGCAUCAAAAAAGGGGCUGGAAAGACAGGCCAUGAGGUAGCGGGGAUGGUGUCAGUGAGAGCGGUGUAUGAGAUUGCUCAGGUGAAAGGCCAGGAUGAGUGCUUCAAAAUGCGGAAUGUCUCCCUCCAAAAUGUCGUCAGAAGCAUCAUCGGUUCGGCCCGCUCACUGGGCAUCAAGAUUGUCGAUGACCUGUCUGCAGAGGAGUACAGAGUCUUUUUGGAGCAGCGAGAGGAGAAAUUAAAAGCUGAUGCAGAAGCAGCCCAGGAGGACCCGUUGGUCAAAAAGAAGUGAAGACUUGUUCUACUUAACCUCCCACCCCAUCUCCAAUAUUUUUUUUAUUAACUUUAUACACAUACCACAGACUUGUAUGUCAAAUGUCAACACUGUUGUUACUUUGUGUACUGCUUCAUAACUGAAUAAAUGUCCAGUUGUUGCAGGACUUUGA